AUGUUUGAGCCAUGUAAAGAUCCAUCGAGCGUCAUUUCUGCGUGUUCGGGUUCGUUAGGCUAUAAGAUACCAGAUUUCAGCAACUACUAUCCAAGCAUUCCCGACCUUUCAGAAACCUGGAAAAUAAUACUUUCGGUGAUAAGUGAUUUUCAUUCGUGGAGUGAGAGAUGCAGUAAAGACGUGACAAAAUUCUUUUGUAAAGCAGCGUACCCAUUUCGUUGUAAAGACGCAUAUGUCGAGGUUGAUGGCAAGGAGAUAGCAGCUACGUGCGAUGAAGCCAAGAAGAACUGUUCUAGUUCUGGUUCUGGUUCUGGUUCUGACCUGAUUCUUCGGGAUUCGUUGUUAAAUUGCUCUCGUUACGCAAAUAUUUUUGACCUGCCGCACAAAUUCCUGCUAAAGUUGACUUGCAAUGUUUUCCCUGUUGUCAAAAAUGACACUUAUUCUUGCGAGGAUAACUACAAGGUGGGUUAAAAUAGUUUUUUUAUAAGAUUCGCCAGACAAUACAAAUUUAUAACAUAAUGUCUAAUGACAGAACCCAGAAAUAAUUUCAAAGCUGAUGUCGAAAUAACCUUUGUACAGAGCUAGUCUGAAGUAAUUGAGAAAUAACUUAGUUAAUAGUUAACAAAUAUUCACCCAAGUAGAAGAUAAUAUCCUUAUACUGUUCACCGGCACUGACAGAGUUAGCAGAGUCAUAUUGUAAUGGCACAAAAAAGACUAAAAUGGUUUCAAAUUCAAUAAAAAUUCAUUGUGUUAGCUUAACUUAUACGGCACUGCAGGUCUGCAUUCACAACACAAUAGUGAGCCUCGCAUGGCUUAAAUAAUCGCAUAUAGAAGGGCUAUGGCUACAAAAACAGUUGUUUAAAGUGUCCCUGUCACAAAAUGAGAGUUUAUAUUUUCGAAAUCUACGAUACAAAAUAUAUGGAAAUUCGAAAACAGAAUCGAAAUUUCUUUUUUAGUGUAAAAGUUAUUGCCGUUUAAACAUUGAAUUCGGCCUUGUGAAAAAUCUGAAAACCGCGCAAAAGAGACUGGGACGAAACAAUGCGUGUGACGUAAUAGCAGGAAUUCGUCUAGCUCACUAAUAUUGACAUACUAUUGCAUGUACCAUCAUAUAGAGGAGGCAAUAGCCAAAUAAAAGUCACGAAAAUGAAAAAUUGCCGAAUAGAUGUGUAGUAGGCGGUUGUUCUAAUAUCACAGAUACCGACGAAAUUGGUUUCGUUGCAAUUCCAGAAUAUACAAAUACUUGUCGACGACAAACCUUUUGUCUGCGCGAGCCAAGAGAAUGGUAUAUGUAUAAUAGCUGCUCUAAUUUCGUUUAUCAUGCACUUGUUUGAAUAUGGUGCAAUUUUUAUUCCAAAUUCGUAUUAAAUAUAUUCUAAAUAUUCGUUUAUUCUAAAUAUAUAUAAUAUAUAUAUAUAUAUAUAUAUAUAUAUAUAUAUAUAUAUAUAUAUAUAUAUAUAUAUAUAUAUAUAUAUAUAUAUAUAUAUAUAAGUAUAUAUAUAUAUAUAUAUAUAUAUAUAUAUAUAUAUAUAUAUAUAUAUAUAUAUAUAUAUAUAUAUAUAUAUAUAUAUAUAUAUAUAUAUAUAUAUAUAUAUAUUGAAAGCUUUAUUUUCCCAAUGUAAAAACUCAUCAGGAUUCACACACAUUAAGAACUACAAAUAUACUAUUAGUAUAUUAAAUUUUCCGAAGAAUAUUAAUAUACAAAAACACCUGCUUUCCAUAACUGUCGGGUAUAGAGAUAAAAAGUUAAAAAUUGAAAAAAUAACCUGCAACCGAAUAUAAUUGGACAAUUGUUCCACAGCUCCGCUCUACUGCUAUUGUUAAACACGCGGGCUAUAUAUACCCGCAAAUUAUGAGGCGUUUUCCGUAUAUUAUACAAUUACUUUAUGGUUUCCGUGUUUGGAUGGCCUGAUCCAAACACGCGAGAAUGUUGCGAGAGUUAAGAAAAGCGCAUAAAAUAACAAAAUAACAACAAAGUUUAAAAUUCUCGAGAAGGCACAUUAAAUUUCCGUGUUUGGAUGGCCUGAUCCAAACACGGGUUUCGACCAAUCAGAGCACGCGUUAUAUAUACAUGUUAUUUUAUAAAAGGAAAUUCCUGCACCCUCUGGCAGGAAUCGAACUUCGGACCGAAGGUUCGAUUCCUGCUAGCCUUUCGCAGCUGUUCCUGGCUUAAAAAAAAAAAAAUAUAUAUAUAUAUAUAUAUAUAUAUAUAUAUAUAUAUAUAUAUAUAUAUAUAUAUAUAUAUAUAUAUAUAUAUAUAUAUAUAUAUAGCUACUCUUCCGUUUGAAAUUCCCAUCUACAAAAUACUUCAACUGUUAGUUCCAUCGAGCGAGAUGCUCAAUUAAAAUCUAUGGCAUAUUAAUUAAAAAGCCUCUGCAAAGGAUUAUUAAAAUAAUUUGACCUUUGGACUCUUGUGACGGCAAGUGACACUGUAAUUUACAAGGUAAGAGCUAUGAUACACACAGGUCACAGCUACUGUAAUUAAUUUUACUUUAUUCACUGUUUCUCAAUUUAUUGCUUUCUAAUUAUUUAUUGGUUACAUCUUAAUUUAUUACUUUUGAGUUCUGAAUUUUGCAGAAUCUCGAAGUCACUUUUUGUCGAUGAGUUUGUUAGGGCAUGCCGCCGUCAAUAUUUGUUGUAAUUCAGAAUAUAUAGCAAUUUAAUACUCAACACUAGUAACUAGUUUCCGAGCUUCGCCUUGCUUUGGGAAACAUGGCCGGUAAAAUGCGGAGAAGGGUAAUACGACAGAUACCACCUGUGGUGGUAUAUUUUGCUUGAUUAAUUGCAAUGUUAAUUUCAUCGAAGAUGGCCAAAAUCGCUUUGAGGGCAAGCAAGCUGUUCCUAUAACUAGGCCCUGUAUCAACCACAAAAAAAAUGGAACAGCCUUCCAAUCGAGUUGUAGCCUGCGUAGCAGUCGCUUUAUUAUACGGGUAGUAUUCAGUAGCUAUUUCAAUACUCAACUUUUUAUUACACGGCACUAAUGACAAGCAUGCAGUGUUAAGUGUUUUAUAUUAAUAUUCUUUUGUAAUUUUUAGCGUGGGUAAUAUUUUGAACUGUGUCUGUAAUUUCGUAACUUGUAAACAUGUAUACAGUGUGUCCCAAAAAAAGGCUACCCUUUGAAGUCAAGCGCUAGUGCCGCAUGUUCGAAUUUGAAUGCUUUAACUCCCUAUAAUGAGCCCUGGAAUGCGUAAAACGUUAUAGCAGAGCAUUUUUAUGCAUGCAUUGCAAAUUAAUUGAAAUUUGUUCCGCUAAAAUAACACAGAAUGGAAUAUUCGCGUUAAAUAUUGAAGGAGCAGACAAUCUUUUGUUUAAACGUUAUUUCAAAUUCUAAAGGUCUCCUUUUUCUAAUAUAUGCACUCCAUCAAUAUUUCACGCACUACAGUUCAGCCUAUGUGCAAUUGAAAUGGCAUUCAAAUUUUAACAAUAUGCUUGAUUUCUAAAGGUCUCCUUUUUUAUACACCCUGUAUAACGUUUUACGCAUUCCAGGGCUCAUUAGGGAGUUAAAGCAUUCAAAUUCGAACAUGCGGCACUAGCGCUUGACUUCAAAGGGUAGCCUUUUUUUGGGGACACACUGUAUGUGUUAAUAUUACCUGAUGAGUUUUACCGUGGGUAAAUAAAUCAUGUUCCUUGAAUCCCGAGGGAUCGAGCAUAUACAUACCGCCCAUUAGUGCUGUCACGGAAACAUAAUGCAUGACUAUAUUUUUGUGAUAACUGGGGAAUAUAUGUCCAUAUAUAGUUAUAUGGACAAUAGUGUGGAAUAUAUUAACACAUACAGGGUGUAUCAAAAAAAGCGCAACCUCGGAAUUUCCCAAGAAAUCGAUAUUGUUUUAAAGACAAAAGAUUUUAGGCGCCUGGGAAUUUAAAAUAGCACAACUGUCAAAAUUACUGCACACGCGAGUGCAUAAAGCAAAAUUUAUGCAUUUAUUUAAUCACAACAACAGUAAUAUGAUCUAUUAGCAAUUCGAUUUCAAUUCCCAGCGACCUAAACUCUUUUAUGCUUAAGAAUUGCACCGUGAUUUCUUAGGAAAUUCCGAGGUUGCGUUUUUUUUUAUACACCCUGUACAGAUUAAUAAUUAUGCAAAACAAGAUUGAUUGCAAUCACAUUGUGGACAAUAUAUAAGUAGAAGCGUCGUUGCACCAGCUGAUAGCAGUUUCAAUUCAGACAACAAGGUGUGUCAAACCGGCAUUGACCAAAACACACUAGCUGAGUGUUCCAACGUCUUCUCAGAAGGCAUAUCGACCAUUUCAACACAAACAUGUAUUCGAUCAUCAGUUCAGUGGUAAUCCUUUACAUUUGUUUCGCAGUCGAUACAACCUUGGCGGCAGAAAACGCUUACAUCGUGGUUGAGCUGCCAUAUAUUCCAUGUAAAGAUCCAUCGAGCGCCAUUUCUACGUGUUCGGGUUCGUUAGGCUACAAGAUACCAGAUUUCAGCAACUUUCCAAAUCCCCCCGAUCUUUCAACAGUCAGGAACAAUAUUCCUUCCAUUGUCAGUGUUUUUGGUUUACAUGGCGAGAAAUGCAGUAAAGCCGGAACGAAAUACUUUUGCCAAAUAGCAUAUCCAUUUCGUUGCAAAGAUGCGUAUGUCGAGAUUGAUCUCAAGGAGUUAGAAGCUUCAUGUGACGAAGGCAGAAAAGGCUGUUCCAGUUUAAACGCGACUUAUCGGGACUCGUUGUUCAAUUGCUCUAGCUUUGCCAAUGAUACCAACUUGCAAACGAAAUUUCCACGAAAGCUGGCUUGCAACGUUUUCCCUAUUCUCAAAAAUGACCCUUAUUCUUGCGAAGCUAACUAUAAG